CAACUAUGUUGCUUGUUCGUUUCUUUGCUCUCCUCUUUGCUACCUUGGGCCUUGUCUCUGCUGCAUCUAUUGCAGCUCCAGUAGAGAAAAGAGACCUUGGUUCUGAGUUCGUGGCCAUUCUCCAAGGACUGUUGGGCAACCUUAAUACAGUCCAACCUCAGCUUGUUGCACUUCAGCAGACUGGAAACGCCACAGAAGCUCAAGUGACUCCUCUUGUGAAUGAGGUCACUGGUGCUCUAGGAACUGCAGGUAGUCAGCUCAUGGACCUUCUGAACCCUUUCCAUGGCUUGGGGUUGAAACGUCGCCAAUCUCCAGUCGAUGUCCAGGCCAUUAUCAAUGAAAUUGGGGCUGCCAUUGGGGCAAUUGUCUCCGUUCUUCAAAGCCUUAUCACGGUUCAGAAUAUCCAAACCCUGAUUACGCUGGUUACACAAGGGUUCCAGUUGGCUACCACCAUCAUUGGUUUUGUGGGAGCCAUAUUGAAACUGAUCCCGGCCUGAUCCUAGAGUUGCAAACCUUGCCAGCAGCCGCACCAACGCUGAUGACAAAAUUAGUCGGAGUUCACGUUGACCGCCACAUGAACUCGGGUGACGACAUCCCAGCAACCAACGAAACUAGUGUUGUCAAGAGUAUAUGGAAUAAUACUUGAAAAGAAAAAAAAAGCACCUCCCUCUGUACCUCCUUCGUUUUUUGAAUUUAUGUUUGGCA